UCAGCGGCCGUUGGAAUCGGAAAUGCAGUUAUGGAUAGUUAAGCAUGGACUGGUUCACUCUGACUCCCCAAUAUUUUGUCCAUAAGUUAACGAAAACCGGAGAGCUACAGCUUUCUUUUUUGUUGUAGUUAUUACUGCGGACAAUUUCGCAGGAUUCCCCAGUGUGACAGAUAGCCACACUGUGGAGACCACCUUCAGAUAUCAUUCAGUAACUCUGUCCUUUAGAGUUGGUUAAACCGUAUUUAGAUAUCCAUCUUACUAUUGGAACUUUAAAACAAUAAAACUUAAUUAGCUUGUUUUUGUUUUUACUAUAUUAAAAUUGCAUUAAACCUUUCAAUACAGUAAGUGUAAUUCUCAUGUUUGAUGCGUAUGUAUGUCAGAAUAUCAACAGUAUUGGUAUUGACUCUGUUAUUUGGUUAAAGCUCAUUUUGUGGCUAACACAUCUGACCAGUGGGCAGAAGAGCUUUUCUGUUGACCCAUCGGGCGGUUGGCAGUCUGAACUUGUAGAGGAUGGCUGAUGUUGUUUAUGUCCUGCUUUCCUUCGGCUGUAACUACUGCAACUCUAAGCAGAGUUUACAUCAAAGUAAAUUAGCUUCAAAUUUGUAGACUCAACGUGGUGGUUUGCACGUCCAGUUCGCACAUCCUGAAAGUCCUAGAAUUGUGCUCUCACUGGCCAUGAAUUUCUUUUCUUGUCCUGCUGUCUCAUUUGUCUCUCAACACCCGUGCACGGAGAAGCCAUCUCUGCUAGCUCACAUCAAACGCUUUAACACGCAAUGGGUUUCCGUCUACGACUUAUCUAUGGCCACCUACCCACCUUCAGAUGACAGCUCUUCCACAUCAAACGGGCAGAGUUACCCAGAGGCCCUUUGUGUGGGUUCAGGUGGCGACUAGAAAGCCUCCAGAACCUCCACUGUAAUGAGUGACUCGGCAGUGCCAGCGCAGGGACCUGCGGAGUAACCUGAUCAGUCGUAUUGAACCAGGCGCUUUCAUCGGAUUGCCAGCACUCAAAAGACUAGCAAGAACACAGCAUGACUUGGAAUCAUCCGACAGUAACCAGCCGCUGCCAACACAAACUCGAGCUUGGCUGCUGCUGGGGCGCAAUAAGAGCGAGACAGGAAGGCAGUCAGCUCUUUGGCUCAGACCAGACCCCUCCCCCCCUCAUUCUCACUGCAUAUUCACUCCACACUCGGAUGGAUUCAUGCGUGCCUAUAUGUCUUCUGAAUACUGAAGUCUUCGCCCCACCAGCAGCUUUUCAUAAGACUUGUCCCUGUCACCACCGAGUGAUCUGCAACCUCACAUGGAUGUUUGUACAGUACAGUUUGGUUUUGCCCGAGGGUAGCGACGUUUAAUUGGCCCCACCGCCCGCCUCAGUUAAUUUCAAAGGGGACUUGUCCAACAACAGCAUUGGCUGUCUCAACGUAGACAUCUUCAAGGGCCUCACCAGUCUGAUCAGACUAAACCUUUCAGGGAACAUGUUCUCUUCAUUGACCCAGGGGAUCUUUGACAGCUUGGUGUCUCUGAAGUUAUUGGAGUUCCAGACGCCUUACCUGCUGUGCGACUGCAACCUCCUGUGGCUGCUGCGUUGGCUCAAAGAGAGGAACAUCGCGGUCAAGAACACCAAGUGCUCCUUCCCCCAGUCUCUCCAGGGCCAGCUCAUUACCUCCAUCAGGCCGGAGCUCCUCACUUGUGAUGCUCCACUGGAGCUGCCCUCAUUCCAGCUGACUCCGUCCCAGCGUCAGGUCGUCUUUCAGGGGGACAGCCUGCCGUUCCAGUGUCAGGCUUCCUUCGUGGCCGAGGACAUGCAGGUGCUGUGGUACCAGAAUGGCCGCAUGGUCAAGUCCGACGCCGCCCAAGGCAUCUUCAUCGAAAAGCACAUGGUGCAGAACUGCUCUCUCAUUGCUAGCGCCUUGACCAUCUCAAACAUUCAGCCGGGUUUCACCGGGAACUGGGAGUGCCGAGUCAGGACGAGCCGGGGCAACACCACCAGGACCGUCCACAUUGUCGUGUUGGAGAGUUCCGCCGAGUACUGUGCCCCUGAACGCGUCUCCAACAACAAGGGAGAGUUCAAGUGGCCGCGCACCCUGGCAGGGAUCAGAGCCUACCUCCCCUGCAACAGACUGCCAUCGAGCGCAGGCACCUACUCGGGCGGCCCGGGCGAAGAGCAGCGGGCGUGGCGCUACUGUGAUCGCAAGGGUCUGUGGACAGAGGAGGACUAUUCCCACUGCCAGUUCCAGAAGGGCGUCACCAGGUUUCUAUACGUCAUCAACCAGAUGCCCCUGAAUGAGAGCAACGUGGUGGCCAGGGCUCGGUCCCUGUUGGUGUACACGAUCGACGCGGCCAACUUCUCAGACAAGAUGGACAUUAUCUUCGUGGCUGAGAUGAUUGAGAAGUUUGGCAAGUUUGUUGAGCGGUUUAAAGACCUGGCCGAGGUGAUGGUAAGCAUGGCCAGUAACUUGAUGUUGGCCGAUGAGAGGGUGCUCUGGACGGCUCAGCGGGAAGCCAUGGCCUGCUCCCGCAUCAUCACCUGCCUCCAGAAGAUCAACGUUUACCGCCUGGCCACAGUGCAAAUCCUCUCCCUGACGUCCCCCAACAUAGCACUGGAGGUUCACGUUGUCAGGGCCAAUGACUGGAACGGCAUGACCUGCAUGUUGUACCAGAGGCCCAGCCCCGAGCGCACACCCGGACAGGACCGCCAACUCGCCUUCAAAUGCAACACAACCAGCUCCUUCUCCAGCAUCCUUCUCAAGAGCACCAUUGUGGAGGCUUCCCUGCAGCUUCCUCAGUCUCUCUUUACCCAGGCUGCACUCCCCGGGCAGGCAGAGGACACGGUCUACAAGCUCCAUCUACUGGGCCUCCGCAAUGGCAAGUUCUUUCCCUCCACCAGCAACUCCUCCCAGCUGGCUGAUAGUGGGAAGAGGAGGAGUGUUGCCGCCCCGGUCAUCAUGGCCAAGAUCGAGGGCAUGUCCCUGCGUGUCCUGAGGACGCCCGUUAACGUUACCCUGCGGCGGUUUGCCCGCGGCUCAGAUGCUGUGUCCGCCCGCUGGAACUUCAGCCUGGUGGGAGGCCACGGAGGGUGGCAAAGCGACGGCUGCCGCAUUCUGGGCCAUCAUGACAACUUCACCACCAUAUCGUGCAACUCUCUGGGGAACUACGGUCUGCUGAUGGACCUCAGCAGUGUGGAGUAUUUCUCUCCAAGCAUCCAGCCCCUGCACCCAGUCAUCUAUGCCACUACUAUCAUCCUACUUAUCAGCCUGCUCACCAUUAUCAUCAGCUACAUCUACCAUCACAGGUCUGUCCGCGUGAGCCGCAAGUUUUGGCACAUGUUGGUCAACCUCUGCUUCCACAUCUCCCUCACCUGCGGGGUCUUUGUCGGCGGCAUAAAUCAAACGCGAUAUGCAAGCGUGUGCCAAGCGGUGGGCAUCUUGCUGCACUAUUCCACUCUGGCUACCGCACUGUGGGUGGGCGUGACCGCGCGCAACAUUUACAAACAGGUGACGCGCAAGGCCAAGCGCUACGAAGAGCUGGACGAGCCGCCACCGCCACCGCGGCCGAUGCUCAGGUUCUACUUAAUCGGCGGAGGGAUACCCAUCAUUGUCUGUGGGAUCACUGCAGCAGCUAACAUCAAAAACUACGGCAGCCGGACCAAUGCACCAUAUUGCUGGAUGUCAUGGGAGCCCAGUAUCGGGGCUUUUUAUGGUCCAGUGGGAUUCAUCAUCUUUGUGGACUGCAUGUACUUCCUCAGCAUCCUGCUGCAGUUGCGCCGCCACCCCGAUCGCCGUUACGAGCUCAAGGAGCCAAGCGAAGAGCAGCAGCAUCUGGCUCACGCCAACGGGGAGGCCGGGUCAGAUGGUCCCAGCAGCCUCUGCCACCCCCUCACCCUCCAGCUCCAGCCUCACGAGGCUUCGUCCUCCAUCGUGUCCGCUCCCCACCCUGUGCCCCUGUCGGCCCUGGAGAACGAGCACACCUUUGCUGCCCAGCUGAUGGGUGCGGCGGGGGCAUUGGGGCUGUACGCAGCCCUCUGGGUGUUCGGGGCCAUGGCCGUAUCCCAGGACCACCCCUACGACUUGGCGUUCACCUGCCUGUUUGGGGUCGCUGCACUGGCUCUGGGGGCGUUCAUGGUGGCGCAUCACUGUGUCAACAGGCAGGACAUGAGGCGCUAUUGGUCCCAGGCCUGUUGCUCCGGGAGACGGGCCUACUCCGCACAAGAGGACGUCCUUCUGCCUCAGCCAGGUGUGGCGAUGACAUCCACAGCGGGCUCGGCCAGCAAGGCAGACGGGGAGUCCACCAAGUGUGGCCACAGCAGCGCAGACUCGUCUUACACCAAUAAGAGUGCACCGAGCAUGCGCAACUCCGCCCACGGCAGCAAGCUGACCAAUCUGCACGCUGAGGCAGCUCAGUGCAAGCCCGCCUCAGCACCGCCGACCGCCAACGGGGGGGCAGCUGUUUUGGACAACAGCUUGACGGAGCAUUCACUGGACAAUGAAAUUAAAAUGCACGUGGCCCCGGUCGAGGUGCAGUUCCGCCCGGUGAACAACAUCAACAACCCGGCAGCUGCCACCAACGGGCACGCGAGCAGGCAUCACAAAAACAGGGCGCGGGCGCACAGGGCAAGCCGGCUGACGGUGUUGCGAGAGUACGCCUACGACGUCCCCACCAGCGUGGAGGGCAGCGUACAGGGCAGCGUGCAGAGCGCCCCCCACAGGCGGCACCACCAUUACGACAUAGCCGCGCGCAACAGCCGGCGGGCAGCGUACAUGGCCUACAGGGAGCAGCAUCAGAGCCAGCAGCAGCAGGACAGCAGUGACAGCGCGAGCCUGCCGCGCCGCUCACGCUACGCGGACAAAGCAGGCGGCGCCGGCAGCAUCCCGGGGAACGGGACAGCGGUGGCCGAGGAGACUGAGUGCGUGGCUACCGCCGCGGGGUCGUGCUCAAGCAAAGACUCGGGCCCGGCACAGCAGACCAGCGGCACAGAACUCGAAAGCCAACCCAAGUCGUACGGGCUCAACCUCGUCACUCAGGCCGGUGGCGCGGUUAAAGAAAACGGACACGCGGUGCCUUUAAUUAACACGGAGAGUGCGGCCAGCGUAAAGACGGGCCUGUGGAAACAUGAAACUACCGUGUAGCGACCGUUUCCGUCCCAAAGACUGCGUUGUGAUGUGCUCUCACCUUCAAACUGUGAAAUGUCAUCUUUUCUUUUUAUUGUACAUUUGUUUUAUGAACAAGCAAAUCAUUACUGCCACUGAACUAUCUUUGUCAAUGUGUUUUUGUAAAAUGUCUAUUUUUAUAACUUUGUAAAGAGUUCUGUACUGCAUGGUCUGAGCUGUGUGCAUAUCAUCACCCCGGGGACCCUUUUCAUUUUCUAGUUGGUCCCAACAAUAAUUAAAAAAAAAAAAGUUCUGUUCACACAAUUGAAGGUUUUUAUUCUCGUGAUAACACCCACCAUCUCACCAAAAGGUGAGUCAGAGAUGUUUGGUUUCCAAGAGCUACUCCUUGCUGACAAUAUAGGGCCAGCUGGUAAUUGUUUUUUUACUGACCUUCAGGUGGCCUCGGGCUCCCUUCUCCUCUGCAGAGCGGCACUUUAAUUGCAACUGACUGGUGGCUUUGGGCUCUACAGGUGUUUUCUUCCUGCCUGCUGGCAGAUUUGAUGAGUGCGCUGUACAUCUUGGUGUUCCUGCUGACUCGAUGCCCGGGCUAUGUGAUUGGCAGCGGAGUCAGAGCAGCUGCCAUGACGAGAAAGAAUAAUGUGAAGAGCGCGUCCGUCCUUCCAUUCGCCGACACCCUCGGCAGCCUACAGCCGGACUCGAGUCCCACUCGCAGCUGGACAUCGCUGUUGGCCAGAGAGCACAACGUAUGAUUUGACUGCCGAGUAUUCUAGCGAUGGAGUCGUAUGAAUGCAUCGGACAUGUGGGCGGUGUCAGCGACAGCCACGGGACGUUCCAGUCUGACAUUGAAUCA